AAAAGUUAGGAAUAAUGAAAUUGAGCAGUAAACUCUCGUGAACUCUAAAAAUAACAUUUUGCAAAUAAAAAUUCCAGUGAACGAUAACGCGAUCAGAAUGCGCGCUUGAAUCGAAUUGUUUUGAGAUAUUUGCAGCAAAAACAAUUCAAUGAUGACAAUUUUUUUGCUUUAACCAUAUGAAGAACGAGACUAGAUCUCGGUGGUGUGUGUGUUUUCGAGUUUUUUUCUUUUUUCUUUUUUUUUUCUUGAAAAAAAAAAAAUAUGUUUGGGACAAAGGAUUUUUCCUGCAUCGGUGGAUUGGAAAAACACAUCAGAAUCGUAAAGGAGAUGGUUAUGUUCCCGCUGAUGUACGGGGAUGUGUACGCCAAAUUCAAUCUCAGACCGCCGCGCGGGUUGUUGUUCUACGGUCCCCCAGGAACGGGAAAGACUCUCGUGGCCAGUGCUUUGGCAACGGAAUGCAGCAAUUCUGAGCGCAAAGUUUCUUUUAUCUCGCGCAAAGGUUCCGACUGUCUCAGCAAAUGGGUCGGAGAGAGCGAGAAAAAACUCGAGAAGAUUUUCUCGUUGGUUGGCGCAACAAACGAAACCGUGCGUCAUCUUUUUCGACGAAGUCGAUGGCCUUGCUCCCGUAAGAUCCAGUCGGCAAGAUUUUGUCCACGCUAGCGUAGUGUCCACUCUCUUAGCUCUAAUGGAUGGUUUGGAAAAUAAUUCUGAGAUAAUAGUAAUAGGCUCGACCAACAGAAUCGACGCUAUAGAUCCUGCUCUGAGAAGACCGGGCAGAUUCGACAGAGAACUGUAUUUUCCCUUGCCUUGUUACAGCGCCAGGAAAGAAAUACUCUCGGUACAUAUCAAAAGCUGGAAGCAAAAACCGACGCAGAAAUUUUUGGCGUAUUUGGCAUCGAAAACUUUAGGAUUUUGCGGCAGCGAUCUUCAGGCUCUUUGCGCCGAAGCAGUGAUGUGCUGCAUUCGUAGAAACUAUCCGCAAAUCUAUACCUCCAAAUCGAAAUAUCACAUUAACGAACGUCACCUCAAAGUGGAAAAGGAAGAUUUUUUGAAGGCGCGUCAGAACAUCGUUCCCGCAUCGCAUCGCGUUAUUGUCGCUCCGAUCAAAAGUUUAUCUUUCAAGAUCCAGCCGUUGUUUCAAGAGGAUCUGGAAAAUAUUCUGACGCGGUUACAAACCCUGUGCCCAACCGGCAUGCUGACUUCCGACAGCGUUACAGGUAAAGCCGCGUCCAAAUCGAGCGGUUGCCCAAGAAUUUUAUUGUGCGGCGACGAUUCCCACACUCGUCAUUUGGGACCGGCGUUGCUUCAUACCUUAGAACAUCUGCCGUGUCACGUUUUAGAUGUUACAACGCUAUUUGAAGAAACGGGCAAAGUGGCCGAAGAAGCUAUGAUACAGAAAUUUAAGACCGCGCGACGCACACUACCAGCGUUAUUGUAUGUUCCCGGUAUUUUGACGUGGUGGGACUUGGUAGAUCAAACAGCAAGAGUUGUUUUCACUUCUCUGAUGCGUGGUCUCGAUCGAUCGGUGCACAUGCUUGUGUUGAUGACCGCUCACUGUCGACACACCGACUUACCAUCCGAGAUUGCGGAAUUGUACGACAAUAACUGCGGCGAGAUGUAUGAAGUAAGAGUACCUUUGCCGCAAAAACGGCGAUCCUUCUUCAAACAAUUGUUUGUCAACGGAGGUUCUGAUAAUCUUUCUGAUUGCUCUUCGCAAGCGGAUCUAAUACACAUCUUAAGUCCAAAAAAGCUCAAGCACGAAAAUAAUAAAAAAUUAAGAAACUACGACUCUAACGGCUUAUUAGAGCUUAGCGCGGCUCGGUCGAAGAAAUUAAAAGCUGAAUCAAAAGCACGUAACAAACUGGGAGCUGUGCAAUCCUCUCACUCGACGUCUUCAAAAUCAACAGAGACGAACAUCAAAAGGGAGUACUACGCGUCCGGCGAGGGCCUGUCUCCUAAAAGGCAGAAACUAAUGUCCGGUACGUCCUCGGUCUCUCCGUCCAGCACCGAAAGACUCUUCGGUUUUCAAAUUGAGGACCUGGUCGAGAAUAUUGUGCGAUCGACCGAUGAAUGGCCCAGUUAUCUACUGGAGAGUCUGUUUUCCUGUCUCGAACUCACAAUGGAAAACAACGGAGACUUAUACGCGAUCGUGAACGAAUACGUUGCACGUUACGAGGAAGUAAAACGAGCGAAAAUGCGUGCUACGCAGGAUGACGAUUAACUUUUAUUUUGACAAAACGUUUCUUUGUUUGUCAGUCGUUGUGACGUCAAAAUCCAUAAAUUCGUGUUGUGACAUAUAAUAAAUGACACAUAAAAAAAAU